UAGUUUGACCUCGUUAGUCGCUGUUGAGAAAUCUGCAUGCCACCACUCGAGAAGGACGCGUUCGAGGAAGUGGUGGCGUCCCACCUGAGUGGGUGGACCCCUGCGACGACCCCUUCCAACGCCGAUAAGCUCAAGCUGUAUGCUCUCUUCAAGCAAGGCACAGUGGGCGACAACAAGUCGUCUCGACCGGGGGUAUUUGAUGUAGCCGGUCGAGCUAAGUGGGACGCGUGGGCGUCCAAGAAGGGUCUGACCAAGCAAGCUGCACAGGAAGCGUACGUGGCAGAAAUCGCGCGGCAGAAGAGUGUGUACAAGAGUAAGCUUUAAUUCGAUCUCGUUACAGCUCGUCGGAAGGACGAUAGGUGUUGGCAGCAUGGGCCAACGUUUGCAGGACAUGUUCGUAGGCCAAGUUGAAACGUAGCGGGCACGUUUUACACGGAAACUCUUUCGUGUAGAGUGGUUUGUA